UGCCUCUGCUCGUCCCCUAGUGCAGACAUCCUCGAGGCCGCACUGCGCUCCGCUCCUACAACCUAAGCAUUUGUCGCUUCCAGCAACCAUGUGCGACUUCACGAAAAAUUACUACGUUUACACAUCCUGCGUGGAUCCCGGGACUCACUUCUGCAAGACCUCCACUGAUGGAAACCGAAAACAAUCCUGCCCCAAAGGCCCUCAUGAGCGCUACAUCAUGAUUCCCGAGAAUUGCCCGCUGUGCUGUGGCUGAGCUAAGCUCGCGGGUUUUUGACUCCAUGGCGGCCGCUCCUCUCCCCCGCUGAGCUCAACAGGAGCUCUAACUUCUCAACUUGUCCUUCUUACUUUAUGGUCCAUCCCGGAACACAUGCAGCACUCCUGGCUGGCAGGGUGUCACUUGGAUUAUCUCAUCUGGUACUGUGGUAUUCCCUGGGCUCUUUUGA